UACAAAUAGUUUCUCCGAUAAAUAAAAAAAAUCUGAAAUAAAUAAUGCUAUAUUUAUCUAUGUUUUUUAAUAACGUGUAGUGGUGCAUUUUCUAUUUUAACGAAUAAAGAUGGCGGCGACCGAGUUGCUGCUGAAGCAAAGCAAUAAACUCACAGCUGUUUAUGAAAAUUUACAACUUUGUGGUAGAACUUUAUGUGUGAUUCCGCACGUGGAUUGGCUGAAAAAGGUCACGUGGACAGCUCUCUGUGAACAUGAACUUUUUAUGAUUUCCCAAGUGGCUAUAAUGCAGCAUUCUUUUGGUCAGGGCGCAGUCAGUAGCACCUCUGUCCUUAUGUACUUAAUGUUUUUACGUUUUGUUAAAGCAGAGGAAGAGGAAUUUCUCUUGACUUAGCGAUUUGUGUGCGUUAAUGUGGAUGGUGAGCACGCGACGUCAUGCUAGCACGAAGCGUCUUCAGAUUUUCACAUCAGCUAGGAGUGCAUGGAUCAAGAUACAGGGAGGACCUCAGUUCAUUCUUACCCAAUUUGUCAAGUUUUACCUCAGUCUGUCUUGCAUCCAGUAACGUGACUUGAGAUGGUAAAUAGACGAAUCUGCGUGACUAUUUUGGAGCAUUCCCCUGAACCGAUGAUGGACAGAAGAGGAAAGCAACAAACAUAUGAGACUAUCUGGAGACACCAAAGGAUUCCACGUGCCAUUCAAGAGUCCUUACAGACAGCAGAUAAUCGAGAAGUAACAUGACAGGUCAUUCCAGUGGUCUUCCGGAACCAUACAGUCACAUGACACCAGCGUUUAGCUAUAUCUGUCCUGAAAAUGAAAACAACAUCAACAUCUGUCCCACGCCAGCGAGGAAAUACAACGAAGUCGCAAUGCUUCUGACACAAACACAAAAAUAUUGCCUUAUUGAGACAGCAUGGACCAUAUACCAGCUAUAAGACAGCAUGGACCAGCCCUGUAGAUAUGGAGAAGAGCUAAAUAGGAUGAUAAAAAACAAACAAUGGGGACAAAUGUGCUGUUAAACAAUUAAAGUUUCACGACAUCUUAUUUCAGCUUGUACCAACUCAUCAGUGUUCCUUCCCGCCAACUAAUGGAGAUGUAAUUGUAGGAAUCAACAAGUCUAUUUGUAUUGCCAACCCCAUCUUUCCUUGGAUGACAAAAUUUGCGCAAAACCCCACGAAGAAGAAUCACAGCGCCGUGUCAUUUGAUGAAUGCAGGAGCGACAAGAAAACCGCGCUGGGAAUCAUUGCCAAAAAGAGCACGCACUGCUUAUACAAGUGCCCAGCCAGUAGAGCUACUUCAGACGUUAUUUAUGCAGGAGAAGGUGUGUGGAAAUGGCCUGUUUACUCCAACAUAUAGUUAGAAGCAGAUAAAAGCCUGCGGCUUUAGAAGGGUGCCUUAUAGCUGAACCAUCUUUAUCCAGCAACCCACCACUACUGCUACAAAUAAACAUGAUUAGUUGUUUGAAAGCAGUGGCUGAAACCUUUUGAGUAGCCUAUGGACUCUCAACUGGUUUAUCAUACAGAAGACAAUUUUUUUUCUUUCUUUUUGUACAUUAUCGUAUACCUUGCUUUUAAUUUAAGAUUUAGGUUCGCUUCUCUUGACCGGCUGUGUUUCAUAUUCACAAGACCCACGAUUGCACACAAAAUAAAAAUUAAUUGAACAAAUUAAAAUUUAUUUUUAGUUUACUGGUACUACGUCUAGUUUGAAGUUUUAGUUAAUGAGAUUUGGGUAUUUUGUUGGCUGACAAUUUAUUAAAGGUAUGUUUAGCAAUGUUGAUCUAUGCUAAUCGUCAGCUGUUGAUUUCAAAUUUUCUUCUAGCGCUUUUCAUAAUUUUCAGAGUCUCAUUUACCCAAUGGAAUCGAAACGUUUGUCACCUGUAAGCUAACAAAUGCAGUGACAAUAACAAUAAAACGUAAGAGGCUUUUAGGAAACAUUAAGAAAACCAAAAAUGUAUGUUUCCUUUCGGUUUGGAGCAAAAUAUUAUAGCGUUAUAACUUUGCUCUGUUGUAACAUUUUAAUUUUUUUAAAAUAUGUUUUAAAUAUAAAAUAGGUUGUUCCACCAGCUAUAGGUUACCUGGAAAAAACAAAGCUGUACUUUUCCAAGUCAGUGAUCUACGUUCUCUGCGACGUCUGCUGUUGCCCUAGCCGUCACAAUAUUAAAUUCGUUUUGAAAAUUUCAACUGUCUUCAAUUCACAUUCAGUCAGCCCAAGAUCCAACACAUCGAGAGUUCAUCAGAUUGAUGGCUGGAUUCGAUUGAUGUGUUUGUCAUGUAAAUGCCAAUCGUUUGAUGGACACCUGCAACGCCCAGAGUGCUACCGCAGGUCGCACACUAUUGGUGCAAAAUCAGUCACAUGAUCUGUCACUUAACCGAUAUGAGCACGGAUAGAACUUUGUGUGGUUUGACAUACUGCUUAGAGGUUGUAGGGGCACUGGGACCACACAUCAGCGUAUAUUGACCCUGCUUAAUCAAUUUUGCUUGGUCAGUCAACAAUGAAUUCCUACUUAGAUUAUACGAUUUAUAACCGUGGCGGUAACACUUACAGUUCGAAGGUUGGGUGUUUUCCUAUGGAGCAAGAAUACUUGCCAAGUGCUUGUGCAAGUACAAAUAAUUACAUUCCCGAGGGACGACCAGUCGGAGGCAACACUUUUCCAACGGCACCACUCGAAACUCAUGGCACAACUUAUUCACAACUUCAGUCGCAGCCAUACCACAUGAACAUGGACAUGGCCAAAACAGGACACAACAAUUUUUGCAAGCAAACCCGACCUCACUCGGACUAUGGACACGUUCUCACUCCAGCAGAUGACCACAUGCGUCUGCAGUCCCCUGCUUUUUCUGUUGUUAACAUGGGAUCCAACAUCGGAGCAUACAGUGAAUCUAACUGCAGGCCAGGAUCUGUUUCUGCAAGCCAUUAUCAGCCUUAUACCUAUGGAGAACAUGAAUCACAAAGCUACGGUUCGUUUAACAAGUACCAAGUCUCUGCUGAGAGUGACAGCGAUUCCAAGACUAAUAUCAAACAAGCGCCAACGUUUGACUGGAUGAAAGUCAAGAGAAACCCCCCUAAAACAGUCAAAGCUGCUGAAUACGGAAUCCACGGCCAACAGAAUAUAAUCCGCACCAACUUUACCACCAAACAGCUUACCGAACUUGAGAAGGAGUUUCACUUCAAUAAGUACCUAACCAGGGCGCGCAGAGUGGAGGUGGCCGCCACCCUUGAACUCAAUGAAACGCAGGUUAAAAUUUGGUUUCAGAAUCGCAGAAUGAAGCAGAAGAAGCGCGAGAAAGAGGGCACCGCACCGCUCGUAAAACGCGCGACUCUUUGCUCUGCUGGUGAUAGCGCAGAGAACUCAAACUCGUCUUCCCCUGGUGCUUCACCUACUUCAGACUCCUCUGCUGUCGUUUGACUUGCCUGUGUGAAAAACGAACUCAUAAGAUGUUUUAUGAUCGUGCUGUGGAUCUACUUAACUUAUUAUACUGUCCUGGACAUAGCGUUGAAUAUGAGCUAAUGUAUGCAUGUUUGCUUUUUAUAUAUAAAACAUACAUUCUGCUGCAUUUGUUUCAAAUGAACAAACAUACAUUACGCUUAACAGUCCAAAGCGAGACUCUUCAGGUAGAUGUCUUAUUUUGCACUACAGAUUCGUACCUCUUUUAAAAAAAGUGAAAAUGAAUGGCAUCUUCAUGUAUUUGAGAACAUUCUGGCCUGUGAAGUUCUAAUAAAUAAAUAUUUUAUUUUUUUGAAAAAAACUUGUCCUUUCGAGAUGAGGGAACGUGUCAAUUUAUUGAUUUUCUUUUAAUUAAAGGCUCUUCAUGAUAUUUGUGAGAUUGUGUCCUUUGUCAUGUCACAAUACAAUGGAGCUAAUUUAAAUCAGUGUUGCUCUAGUCUGUAUAAUUUGACAAGAGGAAUGUUGCAUUACACACCGGGUGGCUUCCUAUGACCUUUUCACCUUUUGUGCCUGUAGGCUCUCUAAACAUGUAAACACUCCUUGGUGCUCAGUAUUUAUUUUAUAUUUUUCAUGUUAACUUGCCACAACACUGAUAUUUCAGGUAACAAAAAGUUAUUUAGCCUAGUAAGCUCCUACAUCCAAAUGUAAUCAAGUCACCAUUCCACUUCAUUUACACAUUUUUAGAGUAGAAAAAAAGCUAUUAGGAUAUAAACAAAUACUAAAGGUUAUAUUUAUGUACUUUUUUACCCCAAGCAAUGAACAAAAUUCU